ACCCUGCAACUCAGUAGCGCUCCGCCAGCCGCGACUUUUGCAACUGUUUUUUUGCAUCCUUUCAAACAACGGAAGAGAUUAUCUCUCAAUUACGAGAAAAUCUGUCCGUUCUGUUUGUAUACACCUACAAGAAUUCAAACGCAGUUGAUUCAAGUUUAAAACUUACAGUUUUAAAAGUUGAAGUUUUUUUGUUAAAAGAACAAAAGUCGUCAAAAAUCAUAUCAAGAUGAGUUGCGAAAACGAUAUCCAAUUUUACUUCGAGUACGUCUUGGAUUUGGUACGGAAAGCUGGCAUGGUGCUACUAGAAGCGCAAGACAUUGACGUGGAGUUAAAGAACAAUAAGCAUUAUGAUAUUGUCACACAAUUCGACACGAAAAUCGAGGAAGUCCUGAUCAAAGAGAUCCAAAAGAAGUUCCCCGAUCAUCAAUUCAUCGGUGAAGAAAGCUCAGCCGCCAGCGACAAGCGCCCGGUGCUCACGGAUGAACCCACCUGGAUCAUCGACCCCAUCGAUGGCACCUCCAACUUUGUUCGUCGCAUCCCAAUUACUUGCAUCUCUGUAGGAUUGGUGAUUGACAAAGUGCAGAUUUUGGGCAUCAUCUACAACCCCUAUAUGGAGGAGAUGUUCACGGCUAUUCGCGGCCAGGGUGCUUACUUGAACGGCAAGCGGAUUCGCGUCAGCGAAGAAACCGAAAUGAAGAAAGCUCUCUUCAAUUAUGAGCUGUCGCUGGCAAUUAGCAAGAAGAAGCGUGACUUGUACAUGCGUCGUCUGCCCUAUUUGCUGGACAAUGUGUGCGGAAUUCGUAGUUACGGAUGCGCUGCGCUGAGUUUGUGCUAUGUCGCGCAGGGAUUGAUGGAUGCUUAUCAAUGCGAUGGGCUCUACCCAUGGGAUGCCGCGGCUGGAACCCUCAUCGUUCAGGAAGCUGGCGGAUAUAUUUGUGAUUCAAGCAAGGAGCGUCUCGGUGAGAAAAUGAACCUCAUGCACCCAAACUUCCUGGCAACGUCCUCCGAAGAACUGGCGCAAGAGUUCAUAAAGUGGGAGCGCAUCGCGGACGAAACCGCCAACAACUAGAUCGAAUCAUACACGAGCAAAUACACCAAAUGUAGUCGAUAUUAAAUUAUGAUCCUGAGCCGCGUUUAUUGUGGCUUGCGCUUUAUCAUUAAUUCUAGCUAGAUGUUAUAGUAAUUAGGUAAUUUAAUUAAAUUAAGUGCGCACUUAAAUUAAUUAUCUGUUGCAUUCUAUGCAAUGUUUUGUAUAUAGUAGAAAUAUCUUAAUUUUUUGAUUUAAUACAAGAAAAUAAAUCAAUUUUUUAAAGAAAAAA